CACUUGUUAUACUGGUUUACUUUCUCCGCGCGAGUGUGUGUAUUUUUCACGCGGUAUACUCAACUAAAUAUUCUUCGUUGAACAAGUUAUGAUGUUAAUUUGUUUUCCAUUUUUUUUCCUUUAGUCGUUAUAUAGUCAACACUGUGAUUGAAAUUUAAUUAGUGUUUUAAAGUGUUCAAAUGCCUAUAUCUGAAUCCUAUUUUUAAAAAAUUACCUGUUAUGGUGAUGAAUUUUCGCGAAAUUGUCAAAUCUCGGUAGUGUUAUAAAAAUUUAACUGAAAAAGAUGAAUAUUUUUUCUAUAUAAUGGAAUAAUUUAAACGAAUUGUUUAUCGUUAAAUUUGUUGAGGUUAUCUACCUUGAUUACACAUGGUGCUCUAAAAUUUAGUGAUUGUGUUUGCGAAUGAUGUGGAAAUGAACUAGUUUGGGUAGCAUUAAUAAUGUGUGAAAUGUUAGCUAUUCAUCACAUACGGCAAUAUGCAGUUAUAAAUUAGUUUCAGUCUUACAUAUUGCGUUAGUUUAAUUACAAAUGAAAUCGAAUCCAAAUACCUCAAGCAAAUCAUUACUUUAAGUUUUUGUUACUCUUUUUAUAUUAAAAAAAAAAAAUGAUCAAAAGGAUUUUCCGGCUGGCUUCAGCACCUAGAGAAGAGUGUAUUGAAUUAGGGUACGACGUAUGCAACUAUUUCGUUGACAAUUAUUACGACGAUGCCUGGGAGCAGUCUCGACACACUGCUCAUGUAGCUUUACGUGAUGCUGUACUCAUAGGAGACGUUCAAUUACUCAAAUCUUUGAUAGCAGAACUUGGCGAUGAAGCUGAACCUAUUAUUAAUAUGGCUCCCAAUGGGUCAAAUACUUUGCUUUUUGUAGCUUGUGAAAUGGGUAAUAAAGAUAUCGUUAAACUUUUGAUCGACAACGACGCCGAUGGUCGUAUACAUCCGGUGACUAGAUAUUCUCCACUGUAUAUAUCCUGUUUCAAAGGAUGGAUCGAUGUUGUGGAUAUCUUACUAAAGAAAUUUCCGGAGCUCGUUCAGCAAUGUACUGUUGAAAAGUGGUUACCCAUUCAUGCAGCUUGUAUCAACGGUCACAUGAAUGUAAUGGAAAUCUUGCUCAAAUAUCAGUAUCCUAAGCAGAUGUAUUGUAAAUACAGAAUUGGCGAUUGGGAGUACGAGCUGCCGUUUGAUGUCAAUAUGAAAGAUGUUACUGGGCAAAAUGUUCUGUACAUUGCUUCUCUAUUAGGCAAUUACAAAAUGGUUGACGCUAUACUAAAGUAUAAAGUUAGAGCAAUACGGAUAAAGUCAUGUGAGAAUGAGAAUGAAACUGAUGAUACCAAUAAAAAUGUCGAACUACCUAGUCCUACCAGAAGACGAAUUUCUGAUGGUAUUCAAUCGAUAAUGUCACGUUUAAAUUUAGGAUUAAAUAACGCUUCUAAUACGAACGACAUCAACGAAAGAUUUGUAUCUCCUUGGAAUGUCGACGAUUAUUGCAACCAUCAUAGUGAAACUGCUUUGCAUGCUGCUGUUCGUCAAAAACACGUUGAAAUUGUAUCACUUCUACUGUUAGCUGGAGCUAAUCCGAAUUUGAGCAUUUAUUCUGUGGAUAAUGGCUGCGCUGCAGAAUCUUCUCGUCAAAAUGCUGGUAGUCGUUCUAGUUCGUCAACUCGUAAUCAAACCACUACAGCGUUGGUAGUUGCUUGCGAAAAUAGAGACGUUUCUAUGGUGGAGUUAUUAUUGAAAAAUGAAGCUAGAGAUGACGAAGCCAAAGCGUUAUUCGUUGCUAUUCAAAACGGAGAUGAUAUAUUAAUUACGAAACUGCUCUCUAUCAAAGCGUACACCGAUCCGGAGCAUAAAAUUAAUAAAAAAGCAAUGAAUGAAAAAAUGCACGCUAAUUUCGGAGCAUUGACCAAUUUCACUUAUAGUAAUAUGUUCGCCUAUACUCCCGUUAUGAUAAAUUGGCACAAUGCAUAUCAGUGUCAGUUGCCUCGUAUAAAACCUCAGUGGCUGGUUGAUGCCGCUUUGCAUAUUAAUCCAAAAUUGAAAUUAAAUCCGAAAAGUCAACAAAUCGUUUUGUAUGCCAUCACUAGACUUGAUGUGUCCAAUAAUGCGUUGACUUCUAUUCCUCCUGUGAUUUUUCAACUACAAAGUUUAAGGUAUUUAAAUUUAGCACAAAAUAAAAUCAAAAAGUUACCAACGUCACAAGAUUUUGAAGAAGAAUGCUCUCCUUCAAACAAACGCCGCUCCAGAGUUACCUUCACACGAGAAAAAGGGUAUUCAGCUCCGUUCCUUGAAGAAUUGUAUUUACAGGAUAAUCGUUUGGAAGAAAUACCAGAGGAAGUGUUCCGUCUGCCUUUAUUAGUAACGCUAGACGUUUCCAAUAAUAAAUUGCAAGAGUUACCGUUUCAAUUAUGGAGAGCUCCUAAGCUGAAAGAACUUAAUGCAGCGUUUAAUUUAUUGAGAGAACUACCAGCGCCUUCCAUCGAAGAAAUUAGCGCGAGUCGUAAAAGUAUUUGCUCCAUUGAUUCUGGCCAUAGCACUGAUUCCGCUUCAGAUGCUUUAACGAACGCAAUGUCUGAAAAUUCUUGUAAAUGGAAAAGCGUACAAUUGCUCGAGUUGCAACAUCACAACGAAUGGUCCGAAACUGUAGAAAUCAGCGAACAAAUUUUACACGUAGAAGAGCAUGAAAACAGUGCAAAUUGUUCUCAGUUAUCAUCGUUGAAUUUAGCUCAUAAUCAGUUCACUGCUAUACCAGUAGUAUUGUCAUGCUUGGCAGUCAACUUGACUAGAUUGAACAUGGCGUAUAAUAGUUUACGUACAAUGAGUUAUAUCACUUCGUAUCCAAGUUCAUUAAAACAACUAGAUUUAAGCCAUAAUAAGAUCUGUGUUUGGCCAAGCUUGCCUCAGGUUCACGAUGAUAAUUUAGAUCCAACGGAACAAGCGUUUAUUUCAUGCUAUCAUCAAGAAUCCGGGUUUAAGAUGACCGUUAAUAAAUUAUUAUCAGGUCGUAGACAGACGUUACGUUCUUCGGUUUUGAAUAGUGUUUGUACACAUCGUAGACAUUUAAGGUUAGAGAAUCUCAGAACUCUGGUAUUGGCCGAUAACUCCAUCACUAGAAUACAAUUUUCAACCGAUGAUGAUGGAUUGUAUUCUAAUUUACACGAUUCGCGAGAUGAUCUAGAUGACUGGGAGGGUAUAAACGCAUCAAGUGCUUUAACAAACAAUCCUACGUCUGUGAAAACUAGAUUGAUGUUUCCUAAUGUAAGUAUGUUAGAUCUGAGCAAUAAUCAUUUGAGAGAGAUACCUUCGAAUAUUCACGAACUUGGAAAUCUAUCAGUAUUAAAUAUUAGCGGAAAUAUAGAUAUCACCGAGCUUCCGCCUCAGAUGGGUUUGUUGUCGAGGUUAUGGAAUUUAAAUACUCGAGGAUGUAAUCUCCAAGAACCCCUGAGAUCCAUGAUUGACUCGAAUAAGUAUAAGACGAUGGAUGUCGUCGGAUACUUGAAAUCUAUUCUAGAAGAUGCUCGACCGUAUGCCAGAAUGAAAUUGAUGAUCGUUGGUGUUCAGGGUAUAGGCAAAACAUCGCUUCUAGACCAACUUCGACAAGAAGGAAGUGGAUCUUAUAAAAAGAAACCUGUCGAGCAUUGGGCUAAACGAAUGGGCAACAAGAAUAUCAACGUGAAAACAUCAAAAGGAACCAAUAUGUCUACCGUUGGCGUGGAUAUUGCCGAUUGGGUUUAUGAAAAGAAAGUCCGAAAUCAUUCUUCUCAUGGGCCUGUUAUGUUUAGAACUUGGGAUUUUGGAGGACAGCGCGAAUACUACGCUACUCAUCAGUACUUUUUAUCAAAACGUAGUCUGUACUUAGUAGUGUGGCGUAUCCCCGAUGGUCAGAAAGGUAUUUUGGAGAUUUUUCAUUGGCUCAUCAACAUACAGGCUAGAGCUCCGAACUCACCUGUUUUGAUUAUCGGCACACACUAUGAUUUGAUGAGAGAACAAUUUCCUGCUACUCGAUCCGAAGAUUUACAACAGCUGAUUCGUGAAAAGUUUGUGAAUAUCGUGGAUGCUGAAAAAUGCGGUCUGCCUCGUGUACUGGAUACUAUUGAAGUUAGCUGCAAAACUCGCCAUAAUAUUAAGCUACUGUGUAAUCUCAUCUACGAUACUGUCUUCAGUCUGCGCUUGCCAGGAAGUAAAGAAUUAUUACUGGAACAAAAAGUACCAGCUUCAUAUCUUGCUUUGGAAGAUGUAGUGAGCCAUGUUGCCGCUGAGCGUCGUCAAAGAGGACAUGAUCCUGUGCUAAAUGUUCAAGAAUACAAAACGGUGGUUUCAAACGAAAUGAUGACUAAAUUCCAACGUUCCUUCAGAGAUUGGGCUGAACUACAUCAAGCUACUUUGUUUUUACAUGAAAAUGGAGUACUGUUACAUUACGACGAUGCGACGCUGAAAGAAUUAUAUUUCUUGGACCCCCAAUGGUUAUGUGAUAUGUUGGCUCAUGUAGUUACAAUCCGUGAAAUCAAUCCUUUUGCCCGAACUGGUAUUAUGAAGUUGGACGAUCUAAAGCACAUUUUCAAAUCAACUAAUUUAAAUUUGACCGAUGCUCAAGAGUAUAUCGUCAAUUUAUUAAAUAAAUUUGAAGUAGCUCUCACGUGGGAUAAUAGAACGUUAUUAAUUCCAUCGUUAUUGCCGUCCGAAGAAGAAACAUUGAGUGUUCGUACUACAUCUGUUCGGAUUCCACUGAGAUCCAGAAAUUGGGCUAUUAGAAGCAAGAAGGCAUCAACUAGUAAUUUGGUAACACUGUCCGGAAGUACGUUUCAUCAUAAUUCGCCAGGUGGAAGCUUUGACAAAGAUGCGACGUCAAGUAAUAUGUUGGCUGAAAUGACUAAUCGAUCUGAUCCAGAAGCUUCAAUAAGAAGAUUAUUAAUCAUGACAUACUUUCCGUCCGGUUUUUGGUCUCGAUUAAUUACACGAAUUUUGGGAGAUGAUUCUAUUAUAGAAAUCGUUAGAUGUUUCUUCAUAAUUCCGAAAGAGGUAAUGCAAGACAACCAAUUACUCAAACUUUUGGAUGUGAAAGUAGAAUGGGUAUUAUGGCAAACUGGUAUGGAGCUUCGGUAUGCGGAUAUAGUGAUUUUUCGAGUAAAAGAAGUAUUACCUAAUGUUCGAACUUCGCCUAUUAAUUACAAAGAGCAGAGGAUUUUCAUCAAACAAGAGAACGUAUGGUGCGACAUUGAUUUGAAAAAUGCUUCUUUGUUAGAGAUCUUUUUGCCAUUAGAUAAUAUAGUUAUCAAACGUCCAGUUCUUCAGAAAGACGAAAAUAUUGGAUAUCAGGCUAUUGUACUUGACCCAUCGCCAGAAUAUUCUACUCAACUGUUGGCUCUUACAGUAGACCAUAUUGAUGUACUUCUGGAAGAUUGGUAUCCUACUUUGGGUACGCGGUUCGUUCAUACGUCCGAAGGUAAAUUCUUGAUUACGCGGCUGGUACCGUGUCCUAGAUGUAUCUCGAGUUCUUCAGAAGAUGGAGGAUCAUUCCAAAACGAUAUCGAUGAUUGCAAAAAUCCCAGCUGGCAACAAUGCUUGUCGAAUAAAACGUCUGAAAAUCAGAAUACAAAUGCUCAAGAAUUUGAUGAUCGAAUACGCCGAAUUCGUAAAUCGCAAGAAAGUUGUACUUCAGAUGGCGAUAGUGGUGUUGGAGGGGAAAGCCCUUCUUCGAGUUGUAAAACCUCUGUGGAAGGAUAUCCGGAAACUAAAACACACGAUGAUGAUGAUAAAAAGUCAGGAAGUUAUAGCUGGUUGAUAGAGGAAUGUAUAUUAGCUUCAUAUAAUCGUAAAUGUGUGACAUGUCCUACACAUGGCGAUAUCUCCCUUGCCCAAGUUGCUCCGGAUACGUUAUUCUUGGAUCUUGGUGAGAAAUGUUUGAUCCGACCUCAGCACAUAUCUCGUGGUAAACUGCUUGGUCGCGGUGCCUUCGGAUUUGUGUUCAAAGGCACAUAUAAAAUUAGAGGAACUAAUGACGUAAUCAAUGUAGCAAUGAAAAUGUUACAACCAGUUCAACCGGGAACGAAUGCUAAUCCAUCGGCGCUCAUGGCAUAUAAAGGCGCUCAAAAUAAAUGGGAUCGCGAUCCUUUGCAAUACGCCUGCAAAGCGUAUUGCACUGCCAGACAAGAGCUAAAUAUUCUUUUAAAUCUGCAACAUAUCAAUAUCGUCCCUUUGAUCGGCGUGUGUACCAAACCAUUAGCUCUAGUUUUGGAUCUGGCACCUUGUGGAGCUUUAGAUCAGACUUUGAAAAAUUAUAGACGAUCUGGUGCUAGAUUUGAUGCGUUCACUUUACAAGCCAUUAUACUUCAAGCAGCCAAAGCUUUAGAAUAUCUCCAUCAACAGCAUAUUAUUUAUAGAGAUUUAAAAAGUGAGAAUGUAUUAGUGUGGUGUAUUCCUCCACCGUUUUAUCAUUCGGAAGAAUUACCCAAAGUUCAUAUUAAACUUGCCGACUAUGGUAUAAGUAGAUUAACGCUUCCUUCUGGUACUAAAGGAUUUGGCGGUACUGAAGGCUUCAUGGCUCCAGAAAUUAUGAAAUAUAACGGCGAAGAAGAAUAUACUGAGAAGGUGGAUUGUUUCUCGUUUGGAAUGUUCAUUUACGAAUUGCUAACGCUACAUCAACCGUUUGAAAAUCACGAAUCAGUGAAAGAAUGUAUUUUAGAAGGAGGACGUCCAUCGUUAACUCGAAAAGAAACAUUGUAUCCUAGUUAUAUGCUUGAUUUGAUGGUAAUUUGCUGGGCACAAUCUCCAUCGGAACGACCGUCUGCCAGUCAAAUAGUAUCGAUAGCUUCGGCGCCGGAAUUCACUCAUUUGUACGAUGUCGUAUCGUUGGAUCAUUCAUCGCCCAUUAUUACAUCUUUAGCAGUUCCUCUUAGUUCAACGGUCGCGAAUGCAGGCGAAUAUACGAACGAAAACAAAUAUGGUGGCGAAGUAUGGCUCGGAUGUUCGAAUUUAAGAGCCGAUCAGUUAUUGAACAAUGAUAAAAACUGGUUGCAGUAUUCGUCGCUCAAUUUACCCGAAUGCCCUACUGCAAUGGCAGUGGUUGAUGAAAAAUAUGUUUGGAUAGGAGACGUACGUGGGCAAAUACACGCAUAUUCUGUGAUAGAUUGCAGUCAUAUUUUUAGUUACGCUUUAAGUUUGGAUACUAACGAUAUUGGUAGCGUUUGCAAGCUGGCCUAUCUUCCACAUUUAAAUCGAGUAGCCGUUGCUUUGACCAAUGGUCGUAUAUUUUUAGUGAGAAGCGAUACGCUACCAUCAACCAGUACCAUGGCUGAAGGUAGUUUUGUGAUGACUGAAUUAGGCAGUACAACUAUUUUAUACACGCUUACGGUGCUCUAUAAAGCUGAUGAAACCGGCAAACCGAAUUCUGUUUGUGAAUUAUGGUGCGGUGAGAGCAACGGCACAAUAUCUAUAUUUACGAUGCAUGAAAAUUCCGUAGUAGGUCACGACAUCAUCAACCAUUUUGAAACACCGUUGCCAAAUGUUGAAGUACUACAAUUGGUAUCGUCUCAUUCGCCAAUAUUAUACCACUCACGUCAUCCGGCCGUGUGGUCGUAUAUAUAUCCAGGAUGCGUCGUAUACGAAUGGGAACCGCAAUCGAGAACCAUUUUGAAUAAAUUAGAUUGCUCAAAAUUAGCACCCUGCUCGGAAAGUAUCAAGUCUAUUAGUAUCGAAGAGCAUCUUAGUCCCGGCCGAUGCCAAGUAACUAGUAUUUGUGUAAUGGAGAAUGAAAUCUAUAUCGGUACAACUUGGGGUUGUAUUGUGGUCGCUGAGCGUGAAUCAAUGCGACCGAUUACAGUGUUUCGACCUUUUCAAGAAGAAGUAUGCUCGAUAUUGGCGUUACCAGUCAAAGUUGACGGUCGAACGUGUCUCGCUACCGUAGGACGUGGUUAUCGAAGCCUCAUUAAUCGCUAUAAACCUGGAAAUGUCUCUUCAAAAGCGUCAUUGUUGAUUAAUAGCAGCACAUUCGCGAUUCUUUGGUCGACUGGGUAUUGGGCUGCGACUUAAUUCAAUAUUUUUUCGUUAUUGGAUUUCAAAUUUUGUACAGCUGUUACGUUGUUGCGUAAUCGUGAUGAAUCAUUCUAUUACCAGUUUUUAUUUUGUCAAUUUUUUAUACUGAUGUACAUGUGCUUUAUCAUUUUUUUAAAAGUCAUAUCUGAAUUUUUUAAAUUAGAGCGUCACGUACUGGGUUGGAAGAACAGAACGAGAUCAAGAAAACCAUCAGAUUCUGAUGUAAAGACAAAAAGAAAAAAAUGAGGUUUGAAAUUAUAUUGCCAAAAAAAACCUGAAUGAACUUGAAGAGAUCGUUUUUAUUUUGUCUGAAAAACGAAUCUUUCAGACGUCAAGUUCUCAUCUUUUCUCAAAGGAAGCUUUGCUUUGCAAUUGAGCGGCCGAUUUUUUGAGUCGAGUUGAAGAAUUCUGCUUUCAGUAACGAAACGAGAAACAACAUUCCAUUGUAAUAGAAUGAAAACAGGACUUCAUUGUUCUUUCAACCCCAGUUUGCGGUAUAUGACCUAAGCUUCACCUUUUAAACGAAUGCUCAGUUUUUUUUUGUUUUUUUUUAUACAUGACAUUUUUUUCUUGCCUGUUAAAAACGUUGACGUAAGGUGUUCUUUCAAACCAAGUACCAAGACACAAUUUUAACCUUGUAGGCUUAUCGAAACUAAAUUCAAUCAUGCUAAAAUAAUACUGUUUUCAUUCGUCACCGACAAGUGUCAUCACAAGCAACUUGUUACAACAUAGAUCUUGGACUUGGUUUGUGCGGACACUUCGAAUGAAAUUAUUUUCAAUUUAUUAAAUUAUUCUAGUCAAUUUUACGCAUUGCCAGUGUUGGUUAUUAUUACUCAUUUUAAUUCAACCAUAUUGAGGUACUUUUCAUUAGGUAUUUCAUAAUCGUAAUAAAUGUUAUCUAUCAUUUUUCA